AUGUGCAGUCUCCCGCGAAACCAAGUCCCCGAGUGGGCGGGCUCAUACAUCAACUACAAGCGCCUCAAAAAGCUCAUUAAGGGUGCAGCCAAGGCCGCUCAGGAUGGAGAGCCGGUUGAUCUAGCAGAGUUCUUCUUUGACCUGGACCGCAAUUUGGAGGACGUCGAUUCUUUUUACAACAAAAAGCUUGCCGAGGCUUGCCGGAGGCUCAAGGUGCUUCAGGACCGAUACGGCAACUCUCCCGACGUUGUGGCGAACCUCGACGAUGACGAAAUUGAGGAGCUGAUGGGCGCUCUGCUCGAGCUUCGGAGCCAGCUGCGGAAGCUACAGUGGUUUGGCGAGAUUAACCGCCGCGGCUUCGUCAAGAUCACCAAGAAGCUCGACAAGAAGGUGCCCAACACGACGACACAACAUCGCUACAUCUCGACAAAGGUCGACACGCGGCCGUUUGCCAAGGACACCGCCAUCGCCAGGCUGCUGGCCGAGAUCAACAAGUGGAUCUCGGUCCUGGGCGACUCGCACCAUGUUGACGAUGCCAGGUCCGAGAGGUCAACCCGCUCACUCGGGCGAGCAUCGGCAAAAGCUAUGCUAAGUGUUCCGUCGGGUCUGUUGGACAUGCUGGACCAGGCCAUCCGGAAAGACGACGUGGGGGCCUUGAAAGACGGUCUGACCACUGGGAAUCUCCUGAACUCGGAACCGGCCUCGCAGAGGAUGCUGCUCAACCUGCUCCAACGAUCGAUCUCCGCGCGUUCCAGGGGCUCCAUUGCGUUUUUGCUGGACAAUAUCUCGUCACUUGACGAACCCGACGACAUCAACGAGCGGAACUGCAUCCACAGGCUUGUGAUUCACAUCGGUCGGACAAAGACAGUCUCGUCCAAGAACGACGUGGGCCAAAAUCUUUCUUCGUUUCCCUUCCCUAGGGCAGCUCAAUACGCACAGACCUACCUCACACCAGCGACGUCGCCCCUUGCGGCUCCGAGAAUCUUUGGCCUGAAAGAAUCGCCGAGUCUUCUCACCAAGGACGACGAAGCAGUUCAGAUGCUCAUGUAUCUGCUGGAGAGCCUCCAAUCAAGCCAGAGAUCAGCGCUGGUUGCGAGAGACGGUUUUGGCCGGAUCCCGCUGCAUUACGCCGCCCAGUUUGGCUUCGUCGUUGUCUGCCAGAUUUUGAUGAAAACAAUGCAGGAUUGGGGGCAGUUCAACGUCGAGAACGGCGUUGACGCUACCGAGUGGCAGGACAAGGAUGGCAACGCACCGGUUCAUCUCAGCGUCCUCGGCGGUCAUGCUCUGACGACCAACGCCUUGCUGCAGGGCGAAGACUGGCAGGGCGUGAGCGACAACAAGGCCGAGAUGAGGCGGCGCAUAUCCAAGUCUAGCGCGGUUCUGGCCAUCGCGACCAAGGCCAACCACAAACCGAUCGUGGAGAUGCUGGUCGAGGCUGGCGUUGAUAUCAACUGGCAGGACAAGGAUGGGGAGACGGCGUUACAUAUCGCUGCGCGGUUCGGUCAUCAUGAGUGCGCCAAGGUGUUGCUGAAGGGGACGGCGGACCAGAAGGCCAACCUCGAGCUGACGGAAAACUCGUUUGCCUGGACGCCCCUUCACGUCGCAGCGGUGGAUGGCCAUCUGUCAAUUGCACAGCUUUUGGUGGAUGCUGGGGCGGAUGUGGUAAAGCCGGACUCGUCAGGCUGGACGGCCAAGGAGCACGCAGCGCUAAGAGGUCACCUCGAUAUCGCCCGCCUGCUUGCUGCGCAUAGCCGGGAUGAGGACGACACGGGAACGAGCAGCUCUGACGAGGAGAAGGCGGCCACCGAACCCGCCCCUCGCGAGGUCGCUUCUUUGGGGGAUAGGAGGUCGAACGGCUCCUCGCGGCCUGCAGAACCUGUCAAGUCGUUUGGCCAUCGGUACCUCAAGGACGAGAGUAUGGUGCUCGUCAGCCUCGGUUCGAUGGACAUGCGGAAGAAUGUCGAGGCUGUCACUCUGGAUAAUGUGCCGCUCACCGAGGCCCACACCACCCAGCUGGAUACGGCCCUCUCGAUCGUUGUGUCGGCGCAGGGCGCGCAAGGCGAGCCGACCAUCAUCGACAUGCCGGUCCAUGAGAACAUCUCGACGGAGCCCAUCGUCUUCACAACGGCUGACGCCGCCAAGGUCAAGCUGUUGUUUGACAUCGUCCCGACGUACUCGGGCAACCAAAACAAUAAGAUCGGCCGUGGCGUGGCCCUGCUUUCCAGCGUGCGGCCAACGAUAGGGAACAAGAGGAUGAAUCUUCAGGGAGACGUUUGCGUUCCUAUCGUGGGGGCGAACUUGGAGGUCAUCGGGACGGUCAACUUCAACUUCCUGGUCAUCACGCCCUUUUCGCAUCCCAACAUGGAGGUGACGGAGCAGCAGACGUACUGGAAGAAGAUGACAUCGACCAUGGUCAUCGGCCACCGCGGCCUGGGCAAGAACGUCGUCUCCAACAGGUCGCUGCAGCUCGGCGAGAACACGGUCCCUUCCUUCAUCGCGGCAGCCAAUUUGGGGGCGCAGUACGUUGAGUUCGACGUCCAGCUCACAAAGGACCACGUGCCCGUCAUCUACCACGACUUCCUCGUCAGCGAAACAGGCUUCGACGCCCCCGUCCAUACGCUCACCCUCGAACAAUUCCUUCACAUCAACCCGGACUCCUCCCGCAACGGAGCCCACCACGCACCCGAAGCGCAGCAUAAACAAGUCCACAAAACUCGCACCAACAGCCCUGGCCCGCGGCAGCGGUCCAUGUCCAUGGACUGGCCGGCCGCGCGAGAUCACCUGAGCAAACAAGAGAUGGAGGAGGAGCGCAUGAAGCACACGCGCGACUUUAAGGAGAAGGGGUUCAAGGCUAACUCGCGCGGCAAUUUCAUCCAGGCGCCGUUCGCGACGCUCGAGGACCUCUUCCGCAAGCUGCCGCCAUCGGUGGGGUUCAACAUCGAGAUGAAGUACCCGAUGCUGCAUGAGAGCGAGGAGCACGAGAUGGACACGUACGCGGUCGAGCUGAACUCGUUCUGCGACACGGUGCUGGCCAAAGUGUACGACCACCUGGACGGGCGGCACAUCAUCUUCAGCUCAUUCAACCCGGAUAUCUGUCUGUGCCUGAGCUUCAAGCAGCCCAACAUUCCGAUCCUGUUCCUCACCGACGCCGGGGCCAGCCCCGUCGGCGACAUCCGCGCCAGCAGCCUGCAGGAGGCCAUCCGCUUCGCGUCGAGGUGGAAUCUGCUGGGCAUCGUGAGCCACUCGGAGCCGUUUGUCAACUCGCCCCGGCUGGUGAGGGUGGUCAAGCAGAAUGGGCUGGUUUGUGUGAGCUACGGGACCAUGAAUAAUGACCCGCGGCUGGUGCAGCGCCAGGUCAAAGAGGGCAUCGACGCCGUCAUUGUCGAUUCCGUCCUGGCCAUCCGCAAGGGCCUGACGGGCGGUCAGGAGGCGGGUACAAUGGGCGACGGCGACGCGCUGAAGGAGAAGGUGGAGGAAGUGGCGGUCAGGAACAAGAUUGACGGCGACAGGCCGGAUAGUAAUGGGGUGAGCGAAGAGGGACUGGAAGAGAGUAGAUGA